AUGAUGAAAAAACUAAAACACAAAUUAAACACAACCCUUAGCAUAAGAGGAUUGAAAAAACCAAAACCCUCCAAAUCCAAACCCUAUAAAACCUAUGAAACCGAAACCUCAUCAACACAACAACCGCCACAAUUAACACUACCACCAUCACCAUCUCCAUCUCCAACAAUGCAUCAUCCAAUCAUAAAAAACAAACCUUUUCAAUUCCCACAGACUCAUUCAUCUGUUCUCCCUGACCCCUCCAACUUCUUCUCUCCAAAUCUGCUAUCCACACCCCUCCCCACUAACUCUUUCUUCCAAAACUUUGUUCUCAAAAAUGGCGACCAACCUGAAUACAUUCAUCCAUAUCUCAUCAAAUCAUCAAACUCAUCACUUUCUGUUUCAUACCCAUCUCGAUUCUUCAACUCUUCUUUCAUAUACCAGGUUUUCAACCCUGAUCUAACUAUCUCCUCUGAUCUUUAUUCAAAUACCAAUCAUAGAAUCUCUUCUUACAAUGAUCUCAGUGUUACUUUGGAUAUCCCUUCUUCAAAUCUGCGUUUUUUUCUUGUCAGGGGAAGUCCCUUUUUGACUUUCUCUGUAACACAACCAACCCCUCUUUCAAUCACUACAAUCCAUGCUAUUCUCUCUUUUUCUUCCAAUGAUUCUCUUACAAAGCAUAUUUUCAGCUUUAACAAUGGUCAAACAUGGAUUCUGUAUGCUUCUUCACCUAUCAGGUUGAGUCAUGGUGUUUCUGAUAUCACUUCUGAAGCAUUUUCUGGUAUAAUUCGGAUUGCUUUAUUGCCUGAUUCUGAUUCGAGGCUCGAGGAUGUUCUUGACAGGUUUAGCUUUUGUUACCCUUUGUGCGGUGAUGCUGUUUUUGCAAAACCAUUUUGUGUUGAGUAUAAAUGGGAGAAGAGAGGUUGGGGUGAUUUGUUAUUGUUAGCACACCCUCUUCAUCUUCAGCUUUUAUCUGAGAAUGAUUAUAAUAAUGUUACUGUUUUGAAUGAUUUUAAGUAUAAAAGCAUUGAUGGUGAUCUUGUCGGUGUUGUUGGUGAUUCAUGGAUUUUGAAAACCGAUCCUGUUUCUGUAACUUGGCAUUCUACCAAGGGUGUUAAAGAAGAAUCUCAUGAUGAAAUUGUUUCGGUUCUUGUGAGAGAUGUUGAAGAUUUGAAUGCAUCUGCAAUAGCGACGAACUCGUCUUACUUUUAUGGUAAGUUGAUAGCAAGGGCUGCUAGGUUAGCAUUGAUAGCUGAAGAGGUUUGUUUCCUUGAUGUGAUUCCAAAAAUAAGAAAGUUUUUGAAGGAAACCAUUGAGCCUUGGCUUAAUGGAACUUUUAAAGGAAAUGGUUUUCUUUAUGAUAAAAAAUGGGGAGGUAUUGUAACCAAACAAGGAUCUACUGAUACCGGUGCUGAUUUUGGAUUUGGAAUUUAUAACGAUCAUCAUUAUCAUUUAGGAUACUUUCUCUAUGGAAUUGCGGUGCUUGUUAAGAUUGAUCCAAUUUGGGGUAGAAAGUAUAAGCCUCAAGCUUAUUCACUCAUGGCAGAUUUUAUGAACUUGAGUCGAAAUCCAAACUCGAAUUACACGCGUUUAAGGUGUUUUGAUCUUUUUAAAUUGCAUUCGUGGGCUGGAGGGUUAACCGAGUUUGGAGAUGGAAGAAACCAGGAGAGUACUAGUGAAGCUGUGAAUGCAUAUUAUUCGGCAGCUUUGAUGGGUUUGGCCUACGGUGACACUCAUCUCGUUGCAAUCGGAUCAACGCUUACAUCAUUGGAAAUUCACGCAGCUCAAACGUGGUGGCAUGUAAAAGGCGGAGAUAAUAUUUACGACGAAGAUUUUGAAAAAGAGAAUAAGGUAGUUGGUGUUCUUUGGGCUAACAAGAGAGACAGUGGAUUAUGGUUUGCUCCUGCUGCGUGGAAAGAAUGUAGACUCGGGAUUCAACUCUUACCGUUGCUUCCUAUUUCCGAAAUUCUGUUUUCAAAUGUCGAUUUUGUAAGGGAGCUUGUGGAGUGGACGUUGCCGGCUUUGAAUAGGGAAGGUGUUGGAGAAGGAUGGAAAGGGUUUGUGUAUGCAUUGCAAGGAAUUUAUGAUAAUGAAAGUGGAUUGCAGAAGAUAAGAAGUUUGAAUGGAUUUGACGAUGGAAACUCGUUGACGAAUCUCUUAUGGUGGAUUCAUAGUAGAGGUAAUGAAGAUGAGGAGUUUGGUCAUCAUGGAAAACAAUGCUGGUUUGGUCAUUACUGUCAUUAG